UUUGGUCAAUGUAAUAGUUACAGUCGAUAUAAGUUAAGAAAUAAAGCAGACCACGUCGUGUGCUCCUUGAAUCAUGUGGUUAUUGGUUAUUUUGCUAUUCGGGUCAUUGACGGCAAGUCAUGUUGAAAGGGCUGUACCUCAUCUUCAACUUGAAUUGUUGGUAGUUGUGGAUUACAAAGCCUUUGACAAGUGGUAUCAACUCACCCCGUCAACAGACUCUCAUUCAACGCGUGUCUCGAAUGCAGUCAACGAUGCUAAAACAUACGUUUCUUCCUUGAUCCACUCGAGUAACAAUGUCUACAAAAGUCUUCGGAGUCAUCAGAUAUACAUCACACUGAAACUGGUCGAUGUUUUGGUCAUGACGACUGCUGCGGAUUCCCCGUGGACUGAACAUGUGAAAGUGAGUGGUAACAAUGGGUAUGUCGUUGAGCCUAGAGACGUACUUCCGCUGUUCCAACAAAAGGCCAUAGAGCUUCAGCAGACGGCACCCCAUGACCACACUAUGCUUAUGACAUUGUACCCCCUGCACUACAAUGGGAGCAGUUCUACUUUCUCUGGUUACGCCUACACACAGGCAGAGUGUAAGGCCAAGAGUGUUUCCGUUGUCCAGGACAACGAGGACUUCUACACUGCGCAGUUGAUGGCUCACGAGAUUGGACACAGCCUGGGAUGUGAGCAUGACGGCAAUGGAAACUCUUGUCCCACAAACGCAGGUUACGCCAUGGAGGCAAACUUUAUCCUCGCAAACAAGAAAAAGUGGAUAUUUUCCUCGUGCUCUGUGACGUACAUUAGGAAUUAUCUAGACUUCCUGAAGACUCACCACACGAACUGUCUUAAUUAUAUAAACAAUAACAAUGUUCCCGCGGCGAUUACAACAGCAGCCCAUCAGUGGUACGGCCAGGUGUACAAUCUUGAUGAACAGUGCAGAAUGCAUUACGGUCCCACGUCCUACCUUUGUAGGGAUCAGUAUAAUGGAGAUUACACCGGCUUGUGUUUGAAAAUGUUCUGCCAUGAUCCAGUGAAGAGGGGCUGUUAUUAUCUGGACGGAGGGGACGGCACACCUUGUGGUGACAGAAAGUGGUGUAUGUCAAAUGAGUGCAUAGCAAGUACACACGUUACGGGGGUCUCAGAUACCUGUGCAGCGGGCGAUCAACCAGGAGUCGUUUACAAUGGGAGAACAUGCGAACAAAUACGUAUAUCCCAUCACAGUGAUUGUUCAAGGAGUGAAGUCAAACGUAUGUGUUGCAAUGCGUGCAGCUCAAACCCAGUCACCACAGCCACGCCAAACAUCGUCACACAAACGUAUUCGGCUAGUACUGAUAUUGACGGACAGUGUGUGAACAAGCACGGUGCUGGUUCAUUUCUUUGUAGGGGUGCAACAGCGUAUGAUGGUAAAGCUUACUCAGAAGUGAUAUGUGGUGACGUACAGUGCCACGACACGACAAGGGACAACUGGUGUCUGUCCUCAGUCGCUGAUGACCGCACUUCUUGUGGCAACAGAAAGUGGUGUAUACGCGGAACAUGCGUCCAUGACAACUCCGCCCCGUCCGUUCCUGACAAUUGCCCCUGGGGUGACCAAAAAGGCGUGGCGUCCUAUGGAAUGACGUGUGCCCAGAUUGCGCAGCCGCAGCAUCACUGGAGAUGCUACGACACAUUCACACAGAAAGUCUGUUGCGCCUCAUGCAAUGCAGCUAGAAGAAGUGUAUCCGGCUGUGAAUUCGGCGACAAGAGUGACUGGUGUCAGACCAGUAUUGACUCACAGGCGGUCAAAAGGAUGUGUUACUAUGGAGAUAAUGUACACCUGUGUUGUGAAAGUUGCUCGCAUUAUAGAAACGCAGCCCAUGUCGGUUGCGAGUACGGGGACAGAAUCAGUACCUGCCAACAUUCCCAAUGCUCCACCUAUGACACUGACACCAGAAACAAGUGUUGUGAAACCUGCCAAGCAACAACCAUCGUGGGUUAAGACGAGCAUGAUUUAUUUCUGAAUUUAUCUUGGAAAUAUUGGUGUGAGUUUCAUGCCAAUAAACCAUAUAACAUGUUUCAA